CAGCGACUCUCCGCUACACCCUCAGCUCAGGUAAACGGGGAAGUGGACCUGCGGGAGCGGCUCUGAAAAGGCUUCACACACCCGCAGCGGACAUGACGGGAGAAAUUACCGAGCAGAAGAACUUUUCUGAAGUCAUAAGCCAGAUAUUGCAAAGUGCGCCAGAUGCGAGGAAACACCUUGUUGACAACCACAGCAACCUCCUGCAAGUGGCGGAUUACUGCGAGAACAGUUACCUCCAGGCAGAGGAUCAGACCAAGGCUUUGGAUGAGGCCAAGGCUUUGACUGCCCAGUCUCUGGCCAGUGUCUCCUACCAGAUCAACAGUCUGGCCACUACCAUGCUGAAGCUGCUGGACUCGCAGGCCAUGCAGAUCAGAGCUAUGGAGAAUUCAGUCAACCUGCUGUCACUGGCUGCAGCUAUCCACUUUGAGAAGGUGUCGAGGAGAGAGAUUGGUUCUUACACUACGGCCAAAGACAGGACUCGCUCCAGGCUGAUGGCUCUGCCGCCUUUAGGCAAGGAGCCAGAGAGGAGCCACCUAAGGGUGCCCAUAUCGUACUCUAGCUUGGACACUAUUGGACACUGCUUUCAGAUCAUUGACGAUCAGCCCAGAAAGAGAGCAGACAGCAUACUGAGCACUGCAGACAUCGUUGUAACCAGUCUCGGCAUCGCUGUGCCUCCUCCGUCAGUCCCCACCUUGCAAAGUGUCGCCAACCCCUCCAACGACAGCCUGCCCCCACCUCCUCCUCCGGCCUGUGGCCUGGACCCUGGGCUGCCCGCCCCUCCGCCCCCACCGCCCUUCUCUUCCUCCAUGGACUACGGCCUCCCCCCUCCGCCCCCCAUGACCUCGCCGACAUGUCAGCCCCCGCCACCCCCGCCGCCGCCGAUCGGCCUGUCCAACGCAGCCUACCCACCGCCUCCUCCGCCGCCGCCAUCAUCGGGAGCUGGACCUCUUCCCCCGCCGCCUCCUCCUCCUCCUCCAGUGUCAGGAGCUUCAUCUCCCCCACCUCCUCCUCCUCCACCACCUCCCCCUCUCCUACAUUAA